AUGCAUUUCAGUGUUUUUUGGGCCAGGGUCUACGAGCUCCCUCUUAUGCUCAGAUUUGAGACCAUGGUAAGAAAAGUCGGAGGGGUAUUAGGAGUAUUCGAAGAGAUGGAUCAAAAAGAACCAUAUAGGAAUAGUCGUUUCCUCCGGAUCAAGGUGACUUUGGAUCUGAAACAACCUUUGAAGCGUGGUACAGUGGUGAGAUUCAAGGAUAAGACUCUUCAGGUCCACUUCAAAUAUGAAUGGCUCCUGACAUUUUGCUUUGCUUGUGGAAGACUAGGGUAUCAACUGAAGGAUUAUGAUGCACUGGGAGAUCUGAGAGAAGAAGGUUUUAAAGACAUUAAGGAGCAAGAGUUGUCAUAUGAGCCUUAG